AGCUGAACUCUCAACGAAUUCAUCCAGGAUAGUAGUAGAAGGGUGGACAGUCAACUCCCCGUCCCAGUCUCGUCGUUCACACAAAAAAAAACAGCAAUUCCAAAGGACCGCUGAACGACCUCUCCACGUUUCGCUCGUCCACGACGACCUUCCCCUUGUCCAAGCAGCCUACUACGUGCUGGCCUUACCUCGACGAGUUCCGCCGAGGUAUCUUACGAACGCCCGGGAUCCAAGGAUAACAGCCUAACCUCACCAAAUUACCGACCAUCAUGUCCCAACCCGCUCUUCCCGCCGGCUGGGCAGCUCAAUGGGACGCACAAGCCAACCGUUACCUUUUCGUAGACACGAUCAACAACCGAUCUCAAUGGGAACAACCUACCGGACCCGCUAUCGGUGCAGGCGGACCCGGAACGAACGGGAUCGGUCCGGGAUCGUCUUCCACUCCUAUCCCUCAGGCCAACGCUCAACAGCAACAGCCGGUAGCGAGCAGUAACCCGAGGAGACGACAGUACCCGACGGCUCAGAUGGCUCAAGCUUAUGCCGAAGGGGGAGCUGUGGCCGCGACAGGAGGACAUGGGACGGGUUACGGUGCUGGUGUCGGAGGAGGAGUCUCUACCCCGGGCGUCUCUGGGGGUUACAGCGAUCUAUCCCAGGGUCAGGGGCAGUACCCGCAGAUGCAGGUCCCGCAGAACCAGGGCCCCGCACAGCUGUUCACUCCCGGAGCGGCUCUGGCAGGCGGACAAGGUCAACAACAGGGAGUCGCCGGGGGAUAUUUCGCUCCGGCCAACCCUGGGUUUGCGGACCAAAAGGCCUUUUCGGUCGCUGGCGGUGUUGACCCCAACCAGCAGCAACAACAGCAACAAGGAGGUGUAGGUGGGAUGAUGGGGAACAUGGUCAACCAGUUUUCCAACAUGGGCAUGAACGGCGGGUCGACCCCUGGUUACGGUCAGGGACAGGCUCAACAGCCCAUGUCUAUGGGGGGACACGGCUCUCAUGCCUUGGUCAACCUGAACCUGAUCGGUCUUCAACCCUCCGUGCCCGACCUCGCUCGUGAUCCCCCUGCCCCGCUCUUACCUCAGGGAGCUUGCAUCUCGAACAAUCCCGCGGCGAACGCGCAUCAUAGCUAUCAGAGGUCGACGAUCAACGCUAUCCCGACGACAGCGAGCUUGUUGGGAAAGACCAAGAUCCCGUUGGCUCUGAUCUUGACCCCGUAUAGGAGCGUACAGGAAGGUGACGAACCCGUGCCUGUUGUCUCGGACACGGUCAUUGCGCGAUGCCGCCGCUGCCGAUCCUACAUCAACCCCUACGUCACGUUCAUUGAGGGUGGAGCUCGGUGGAAGUGCUGCAUGUGCAAUUUGAGCAACGAGGUCCCGCAGCUGUUUGACUGGAACAACCAGACCAACCAGCCGGCGGACAGGUGGAGUAGGGCCGAGUUGAAUUGUGGAGUCGUAGAGUUUGUCGCUCCGCAAGAGUACAUGAUUCGACCGCCUCAACCGCCGGUUUACGUGUUCGUUAUCGAUGUCUCGCAGCACGCCGUACAGUCAGGCAUGGUUGCUACGGCAGCACGGACCAUCUUGGAGACCCUCGAUAGGAUCCCCAACUCGGACCAGCGAACAAAGGUCGGGAUCCUUGCCGUUUCGGAUGCCAUGCAUUUCUUCUGCUUGCCUGCUGGAGAGUCGGAACCCUCGAUGCUCGUAGUCUCUGACAUUGAUGACGUCUACCUUCCGAAACCGACCGACCUGCUGGUCAACCUGACGGAGGCCCGUCCAGCUAUCGAGAGCGUGUUGGGCAGGUUGAGCGACAUGUUCAAGGAGAGCGCUACAACAGGGAGUGCCUUGGGACCUGCCAUGCAGACCGCUCACAAGCUGAUCGGCACUAUCGGAGGAAAGAUCAUCACCUUGACCGCGACCCUGCCGACUCUCGGAGAGGGCGCCUUGAAGGCGAGAGAUGACCCGAAAGUAUUGGGAACCAGCAAGGAAUCAUCGCUUCUCCAAGCUGCCUCCGCAUUCUACAAGACCUUCUCAAUCGAAUGUGCACGAAACCAGGUCACGGUCGACAUGUUCCUGUUCAGCGCAUCAUACACCGAUGUUGCGAGCUUGCGAUGUCUGCCGAGGUACACCGGUGGUCAAGUCUAUUACUAUCCUGGAUUCAACGCUACCCGAUCGGAAGACGCGAUCAAGUUUGCGACCGAGUUUGGAACCGUGCUGGCCAGCCCGAUCGGUUUGGAGGCUGUCAUCCGAGUGCGAGGAUCGCGAGGUCUACGCAUGUCGGCGUUCCACGGAAACUUCUUCACUCGAUCGACCGAUCUUCUAUCGCUACCCACCGUCCCCAUCGACCAGUCCUACGCCAUCGAAUUGCAGAUCGAGGAUCCCCUCACGCAGCCUUUCGUUGUGCUCCAGACUGCCGUUCUUCACACCACCUGCUACGGCGAACGUCGUAUCCGUGUGAUGACCACCGCCUAUCCUACGACGACGAGCAUGUCUGAAGUCUUUGCUUCGGCCGACCAGAACGCAAUCAUGACCCUGUUGUCCAACAAGGCGGUCGAGCGGGCCAUGUCCUCCAAACUAGAAGAUGCUAGGGACGCCGUGAUCAACAAGGUCGUGGACAUCUUGAAGGUGUACAAGGACACGAUGACGGCGGCAAAUGGUGGAGCAAGUGCCCAGUUGACGGUACCGGAGAAUCUCAAAUUGAUGCCACUAUUGGCAUGUGCUAUGGUCAAGCACGUUGGGUUCCGGGAAAGUUCGCAGAUCCCACCAGACCUGCGAGCAUACGCUCAUGCCCUGCUCAGCACCUUGCCCACGCAAUCCCUCCUUCCUUAUCUUCAUCCUCAGUUCUACUCUCUUCACAAUAUGCCAGCAGAAGCUGGAACCGUAGGCGAGAACGGUGUCGUCCUCCCUCCUUCGCUCAACCUGACUAGCGAGCGAUUAGAGCGACACGGGUUGUUCUUGAUCGAGGACGGUCAAAACAUCUUCCUUUGGGUCGGCCAAGAGGCAGUACCCCAGCUCGUCAUGGACGUGUUUGAUCUGCCUAACUAUCAGGAGCUCAAGGGAGGCAAGUACACUCUUCCCGUGCUCGAGAACCCCUUCUCGCAACGUGUCAACGCGAUCGUCGCCAAGACGCGUGAGAUGCGACGAAAUCCCUAUUGGCAGCACCUUUACGUCGUCAAGGCCGACGCCGAACCGGCUCUUCGGAACUGGGCAUUGAGCUUGUUGAUCGAGGACAGGGUCGACAAGACGGCGAGCUAUUCGCAGUUCUUAGCUCUCAUCAAGGACAAGGUGAACGGGUCCUCGUAGUUCCACUCUUUGCACGAAUCAUGAGACAACGACUGUUUUCCGCUUCCGCGCGUUCUUUCUUCGACGACACACCCAUGUUCUCCGUCACCUUGUUUACACCAAUGUUUGCCGCUUUGGGCGAUGUACCAUGAUACGAUGAAUCAUCGAUGACUG